UUAAACCUUAAAGUCUUAAACCCUGAACUAUAACAUAACAUAACAUGUUCCCAAUUUCAAGAGUCCUCCGCGUCACCACAAAACCUCGUCUUCACUGGAACUCCCUCUACCACCACCAUGGACAAAAACAACAGCCACCAUCACCUCCAACAUUCUACCUCUCCCGCCUCUGCACAAAUCUCCCCUCCCUCAAAAUCCUCCACGCCUCCUUCCUCAUCCAUGGCCUCACCAACGACCUCCUCCUCUCCACAAAGCUCCUCAGCCUCUACGCCUCCUUCGGCCAACUCCGCCACGCCCGCAAAAUCUUCAACCAUCUCCCCACGCGCGACCUCUACUGCUUCAAAGUCAUGAUCCGCGCCUACUUCCUAAACGACACCCCCUCCGGCGUCGUUUCGCUCUACCGCCUCAUGCGCCUCUCCCUCCACCCCACCCCGCACGACUACGUCCUCUUCUCCAUCGUUUUCAAAUCCUGCGCCGAGUCGCGCGACUUCCAAACCCUCACAAUCACCCACUGCCACUUCGUCAAGUCUCUCCCCUCCGACUCCUUCGUCCUCACGUGCCUCGUCGACGCGUACGCCAAGUUCGCGCGCGUCGACGAGGCCACACGAGCCUUCGACGAGAUCCACGAAAACGACGACGUCGUUUCGUGGACCUCCAUGAUCGUCGCGUACGUGCAAAACGACUGCGCGCGUGAGGGGCUUACCCUGUUCAACAGAAUGCGAGAAGCGUUUGUAGACGGAAACGAGUUCACUGUUGGGAGCUUGGUUAGCGCGUGCACCAAAUUGAAUUGGCUUCACCAGGGAAAGUGGGUUCAUGGGUUUGUUAUUAAAAACGGAAUUUGUGUUAAUUCUUACCUAACGACGUCGCUUUUGAACAUGUAUGUUAAAUGCGGGAACAUUCAGGACGCAUGUAAGGUGUUUGAUGAAAGUUCUUCAUCCUCUUAUGAUCGUGAUCUUGUUUCCUGGACGGCUAUGAUUGUAGGGUAUAGUCAGAGAGGCUAUCCUCAUUUGGCACUAGAAUUGUUCAAAGACAAGAAAUGGAGCGGGAUUUUGCCCAAUUCGGUUACCGUUUCGAGUUUGUUGUCCUCGUGUGCACAGUUAGGUAACUCUGUUAUGGGGAAGUUGCUUCAUGGAUUGGCGGUUAAGUGUGGAUUGGAUGAUCAUCCUGUGAGGAAUGCUCUUGUUGAUAUGUAUGCGAAAUGCGGUGUUGUUUCGGAUGCUCGUUGUGUGUUUGAAGCAAUGCUUGAGAAGGAUGUUGUGUCUUGGAACUCGAUUAUCUCUGGCUUUGUGCAGAGUGGCGAGGCUUAUGAGGCUCUGAAUCUUUUCAGGAGAAUGGGAUUGGAGUUGUUUUCACCGGAUGCUGUUACUGUGGUUGGCAUUCUCUCCGCGUGUGCUUCACUUGGCAUGCUUCACCUUGGUUGUUCGGUUCAUGGUUUGGCGUUGAAGGAUGGCCUGGUGGUGUCCAGCAUCUAUGUUGGCACUGCUCUGCUGAACUUCUACGCGAAAUGUGGGGACGCAAGGGCAGCAAGGAUGGUGUUCGAUUCGAUGGGGGAGAAGAACGCAGUGACUUGGGGCGCAAUGAUUGGCGGCUAUGGGAUGCAGGGCGAUGGGAAUGGAUCACUCACAUUGUUUAGGGAUAUGUUGGAGGAGCUUGUUGAACCGAAUGAAGUGGUGUUCACAACUAUAUUGGCAGCUUGCAGCCACUCAGGGAUGGUCGGAGAGGGUUCAAGGUUGUUUAAUUUGAUGUGUGGGGAGUUGAAUUUUGUUCCUUCCAUGAAGCACUAUGCAUGUAUGGUUGACAUGUUGGCACGUGCUGGGAACCUUGAAGAGGCGUUGGAUUUUAUUGAGAGAAUGCCUGUUCAGCCUAGUGUUAGUGUGUUUGGAGCUUUUCUCCAUGGGUGUGGACUUCAUUCUAGGUUUGAGUUGGGAGGGGCGGCGAUUAAGAAGAUGUUGGAGUUGCACCCUGAUGAAGCUUGUUACUAUGUGCUUGUGUCGAACUUGUAUGCUUCGGAUGGGAGAUGGGGCAUGGUUAAGCAAGUGAGGGAGAUGAUAAAGCAAAGGGGAUUGAACAAGGUUCCUGGUUGUAGUUCAGUGGAGAUGGAUCUCCAGAAUGAUAGUUAUGCUAAAGUAGCAGUUGUUUCUUAAUCAGUCAUGUACAUCUUCUGUGCAUGAUUAUGUGGUGGUAAAGCCAAACUACUUGCUCAAACAAGUGAUUCCACAGGUAACAUUUCAUGGGCUCUCCUAUGUAAACAAGUCUUGGAAGAGUAGAGAUAAAAUUUGGGAGUAAGACUCAAGGAGAUUGGAAGAUGUGAAUGGAUCUGAUUUGGAGAUAUCAGUAAAUAUUUUCACCUUUUCCCUAUUGAAUUGAAGUGUUUUUUACGUAACCAAUCUGUGAAGUAUGUUAAAUAGAAGGACUAUUCCUGAAAAGCAGCUUGAAGCUCCUCUAGUAUCAACCAUUAGCCCCACAAGACACAGUUCUUAUGAGGUAUGCAAGCAGAGGCAAAUAUUUUCUUGUCAUUGCCUUCUGCUGCAAUCUAGUGGAUGAUGUAAUCAGCAUUCUUCUGUAGACUAGAUAAGUUGGACUGUGGAUAAUCUGCGGAGAAAGUUUGAUCAUUCAAAAGAAAAAGAUUGUGAGGAUAAUGAGUAUUCCUCAGAAAGUUUGUGCACUCUCACUCUUGGAGUUUGACUCGCCAUUUUUUCGUCACACUUUGUAUUAGGAUGCGCUUGAAUGACUUGGAUCUCCAUCAAAUUGGACAUGUAGCUCAUGACAGUGGGUGGUAGAUUUGUUCCUGAAUCACUGUUCUUCACUAACGCUGUUAUUGAUGCCAAAAUUAUUUGCGCAGUGUAAUAAACUUUGUCGAUAUAUUUAGAAGUUCCUAAUAGUUAGGAUCUUUUGUUCAUAAAUAUAUAUUAGUUUUUACAAUGUAAUAAACUUUGUAAUUGAAACUUGUACAAAACCUUGCAUAUUUGCCAUUCAUCAAUGGAUUAGACUGGUCUUGAAGUUUUGGAUCA